AUGGCCGUAGGCAUAGCCGCCGCCGCCGCGCAAAUUGGCAUCCCCCUCUCCUUCCACCGCGGCCCAUCUCCCACAGCUGCCGCUGCCCGCCAGCAGCGCCGCCUCCUUCACUACCCCCUCAGAUCACCCUUCCAUGUUGCCCGCUUCCCUUCCCCACUCACCCCGGUCACCAAAAUGGUCCCCACCGCCGCCUCCUGGGCCGCGGCCGCGUCGCCAUCGCUUGGGGAGCUUGCGAGGGCGUUCGCGAACAUGGCUGGGGUGGUGGCGGAGAGGAUGGCCGCCGGCCUGAGUACGCCGUCGAUGGCGGUGCUGGCAGGGACAGGACGAUGCCUGGAGCUCUACCGGCAGGUCCUUCUAGUGCGGUGCCUUCUGACGUGGUUUCCCAGCGUGCAGUGGGAGCAGCAGCCCUUCUUGGCCAUGAGGGGCCUCUGCGACUCCUUCCUCCGUUUAUUUCAGCGCGCUGUCCCGCCCGUCUUCGGCAACACGCUCGACGUCAGCUCCCUCUUUGCCAUGACCGCCCUCCGCAUCCUCGCCAGACUGUUGACCCCCUCCGGCCCCAACGGAUUAUGA